UUAGGUACUUUAUUGUUCGUUCUUUUGUAGAUUGUACUGUUGGUUGGAAAAAAUAGUCAAUUCUCCUCAAAAACUUGAGUCAAAUUAGAUAGUUUCCAACUGAGAUGAUGUAUUGAUGUAUGAUAGAUCUAUUUUGCACCGUUGUGGAAAAUUUAAUCACACUGUAAAAAACAUGCAAGAAGGCGAGGGCAAUCCAAACUAGAGGGAGAUCGUGGAAGAAACUGCUUUAAUUAUGAACAAUACCCUGUGCCAGUUAAUACAUGUUACAACAUACUAUGGAAAAACUGAUAGCGGUGCACUAUUUAAUCUUAGUGACGUUAUCCUGCAGAAACUUCGUAACGUUGAGUAAUGCUUGUUAUGCUUUUCCUAAAGAACAAAGUGAUCCCUGUAGAGAUAAGGAAUGUAGUUUUGGUUCCCGCUGCAUGAUAAAUCCCGAUGGGCGAAAUGCUACCUGUGCUUGUCCUGAGAAGUGUCCAAAUUAUGGUGAUCAUACCACUUCUCGAUCUGUUUGUGGUUCUGACGGUGUCAACUACAGAAAUCAAUGUGAAUUACAACGAGCUGCGUGCUCCAGUCAAACCAACAUAACUAUCAAGUUUUACAGAAAAUGCGAUCCAUGUGCAGGCGUUCAAUGCACCGAACCUGAAGUGUGCCAGUUAGAUGAACACCGCAACCCGCUAUGUCGAUGUGGAGAUCCUUGUGCCUUGGAAUUUACUCCAGUGUGCGGCUCAGACGGAAAAACGUAUUCAAAUGAAUGUAUUUUGCGACAGGAGGCUUGUCGAUCUAGAAAGCCCUUGAAUAUUAUUUACCGAGGAAAAUGCAGCUCAGGAAUAAAUCCAUGUAUGAGUGUUCGCUGUAAUCAGGGCGAGGAGUGUAUUAUCAACAAAUUUGGAAUAGCGCAUUGUGAAUGUCCCGACAGGUGCGAGCCAACUAUGAGGCCUGUCUGCUCCAAAGAUGGAAGGACCUACACUUCGGAAUGCGAACUGAGAAAAGCGGCUUGCGUUACUCAAGCAAAUAUUGAGAUAGCUUAUACAGGAAUAUGCGGUAAAAAUGGUCCUUGUAGUGAACAUGAAUGUCAAUUUGGAGGUACUUGUGUGGAAAGGGCCGGAACAGCACACUGUGAAUGUCCAGGUUGUCCCGCAGAAUUCGAACCAAUUUGCGGUUCCGACGGAAUUUCCUACAGCAAUGAAUGCAAGCUUAGAUUGGAGGCUUGUAAGCACAGGAGGAAUAUCAGUGUCCUUUAUAAAGGUCCUUGCAACGGUUGUGAGAGUAAAAAAUGUGAUUUCUACUCAGAAUGUGAAAGUGAUCGAACAGCCGUAGGACGUUGCGUGUGUCCAAAAACAUGUUCUGACCCUAAGGGGGUCGCACUGCGACUACGGGUGUGGCAAGCCCGAGGUACCCUAGCUAGAGAUCCACCCCACUCCCAAGGUGGACUCUUCCCAAAAAACCCCACUAUUCCUAGAAGAUUUUCCUCCUCCGACGCUAUUAGUUUACGAGGGCUAGGGGGCUUCCUACCUUUUUUCCUGUAUCCCGGAUUGGUUCUGCGUUGUAGUCUGCUGGGAGUGCAUCGCCCUGCUUUCGAAGACAAAGGACAAAAUGAAGGAGAUAUGACCCCAACAGGGUAUCACUGGAUGUUUACUACAGACCCUAGUGUUAGGAGAUCCUCAUUGGCAAGAACACCACCAAUGAAUCGCAAAGAUUCAACUGCCUCUGCCACGGAUGAUGUUUUUGCUAGCCUAGAGACAAACUCUGGCACACGUCAAGAUGACAAGACUGGGAGCCACAGUAACACGGCGUACGAAGCAAGUAGCGACAACAGUCACGAUGGACUUGCAAAAAAUACCAGUCCAGACAAAAAGAAACGAAAGCGAGACUCACAUGGAAAGCAUAUCCCGGAUGAUACUAGCCAAGAGAUGACUGCUGCUAUGACCGCCUUGGGUAAGAGCAAAACUGCUAAUAAUUUAGCUAAACCAGAGGACAAUAAUCCUAGCUACGCAAGACAAAGUAUAGGAGUCCAAGCUGAUGAAACCGACAUAAGACGAGAGUUACUCGAUCUUACAAAUGAAAUACGUACCAGGGUUGAGACGCAAAUAACAGCAAGAAAAGGAUGGACAGGGCUAGAAGAGGUAAUACAUCUCGAGUGGCCAGAAAGCUGCUACCAAAGCACCGUUGUUACAGAGCUGGGAUCGCUUAGAGAGCUUCGAGGAGACCUGGUAAUAGUAGCAGACCCUGAUGUAACCUUGACCACCACUACGGAAAGCGACCUAAAAUGCAACUUUCCGGAAAUAACAAGCCUUAUGUGCGAAGAACUUGAGGAAGGGUGUAUUGAAUAUGUGAGGACGAACACCGAGGUCAUACUCAGCAAAGGCAAAAAUGGAGCAAGGUCAAGAACCAUGUACAUGCUGCCGUACAAGGUCAACCCAGAAGAGAAAAACGACAUGGGUCAACUAUAUCAGUUGCUAGGCAAACUGCAAGCAGAGGUUCAAAACCAUGGAGUGACGGAAAUUCAAGUAGUAGCCUUCGGCAAAAUUGAUAAAAUCUACCUUAGAAAGUGCGCAGAAGGUAUCUUCAGAGGAUCUGAGGUCAAAGUGCAAGUUAUUAUACCUAGAGAUCCAAGCCGACUAGCACCUAAGUCAAGUAAGGGAGGACCAGCGACGACAACAGAGAAGAUUAUAAUCAAAUCUGAAGGAAAGCAAUAUGCUGACAUACUCCGUUCGAUCAAGAGUAGUGUGAACAUAGACGAGAUGGGUGUUAAGGUAAAAGGCAUUAAGAAAACCGCUAAGGGUGAUGUCCUUAUGGAGAUACUUGGAGAAAAAAAUCAAGUAACCGCCCUCAGACAAGCUAUAAUGGACAAGGAUAAAGAUACCCAGGUAGAAAUUAAAAGAGAUGAAGACAUUAUUCAUAUCUCGGACAUAGACGGAGAUAUGAACGCAAAACAGAUAGAGCAAGAUGUCAGGAAAAGCGUAGCAAACGCAAAAGAAGAUGACGUCCGAGUGCUCUCUUGCAGACCAAACCAGAGGGGAAACCAAACUGCUACACUUGCGGUCAAAAGAAGAGUGGCCAGCGAAUUACUCAAAAUGGAUACUGUGAGAAUAGGGUGGGCACCGUGCCAGGUCCGAGCAAGGGUCAAAAUCACCAGGUGUUACAAAUGUUUGGAGUUUGGCCACCGCACCAAUGAAUGCAAAGGAACCGAUAACUCGAAGAUGUGCCUUAAAUGCGGCAAAGAUAACCACAAGGCCAAAGACUGUACUAACAAAAGCUAUUGCCUAACAUGCAAAAAAGACGGUCACAGAGCUGACCAGACUGCUUGCCCUUACUACCUUAAGCUUGUAAAUAAAAAUCUAAAGCAAUUAGUGACACCAGACGCAGGCUCAGCACUGCACGCGGUCAAAACUUUAGUGUUCAAUAUUAAAAUACUUCAAGCCAACGUUGGACGUGCCUAUACAGCCCAAGACAUGGCGUAUGCCACCGCAGUUCAGCAAGGUAUUGAUAUUAUGGUAACUGGGGAACCGAACAAAAAAAGGACCAAAGAAGCAAACUGGAUCAAGGACAGCAGGCAUAAUGUGGGGGUCCUACUUCUGAAUAAAAAGCUUAGCGUAAUAAACCACGUAGUCGGAGAUGGUCACGUAAUUAUCAAACUCAAAGAUCUUGAGCUGAUAUGUUGCUAUAUAUCCCCAAACAUCAGCAUGGAAGACUACAAAACUGAGGUGGACAGUAUAAUGGAGCACAUAACGAACAACAGUAAUGCCAUUAUUCUGGGAGACCUAAAUGCCAAGUCCCCAAUGUGGGGAUCACCUGUAACCGAUGAAAAGGGUCAAUACUGGGUGGAAUGGAUCAACGCUCGCGAUUUGGUGGUUCUGAAUACUGGAAAUGAGCCCACAUUUAUCCGAGGAGAUAGCGAGUCCUUUAUUGAUGUCACCAUAGCAACCAAUCGUGUAUCUCAAAGAGUAACCAACUGGGAGAUACUUGAUACCGAAACACUGACAGAGCACAGAUAUAUCGCAUUCGAAAUCAAAGUAGAUAGAGCGAAGACCAAAACAACUUCAAUAAGGCCCCUUAUUGAUUGGACCGCCUUUAAAGCCUGCAUAGAGUUGCUUACCAUUACUCCAGAUGAAAUGAGUCAUGAAACAGUAACCAAGCUGAUACAGAUGGCAAGCAAGAACAGCACGCAAAAUCGAAUUCUAAAGACUGAAACAUCAUAUUGGUGGAAUGAAAACAUUGCUGAAAAACGGUCACUAUGCAACAGAUUAAGAAGGGUACAACAACGUGCGGCGAGAAGAAACAACCCAAAUCGAGACGAUAUUGAAGCAAUGAAAGAGGAGUACAAGACCAAUAGAAGGGAACUCUGCUGCCUAAUUAAGGAAUCAAAGAAGAAAUACUGGAACGACAUAUGCAAAGAACUCGAUAAUAAUAUAUGGGGAGAUGCGUAUAAGCUAGUAGCAAAAAAGCUUAAUACUCUAAAACCCUAUGAGCUUGACAUCGAAAAGAAAUCCGACAUCGUGGCAGUACUGUUUCCACCCGGAAAUGAUAAGUGGAGAUACCCUGAAAAGGAAGCUCCAGCCCCACCCUUCACAGCAGAAGAGCUAAGGAAGGUAGCCCAAAGUAUCAAAUGUGGAAAAUCACCUGAAAUUGACCAAAUUCCCCCUAAGGCUAUCAAAAUAGUAGCAGAUUGUGCCCCAGAUUGGUUAUUAGGCAUGAUGAACAAACUACUUCAAAAACAGGAAUUUCCAAAUGAAUGGAAAGUUGCAAAGAUGGUUUUAAUACUAAAACCAGGAAAGCCAGCUGAGUUACCUAGUUCCUACAGACCACUCUGUCUGUUAAAUUCCUUGAGCAAGUUACUAGAAGCGUUCAUACGGGGAAGACUACAAGAUGAGCUUGAAGACAGAGGAGGGUUGCACAUGUGUCAGUAUGGCUUUCAAAAAGGGAAAUCCACGAUCCAGGCUGUAGAAGCUGCACUGAAUACUGUAACAGAGUUCAAAAGUAGAUUCUGCACCCUUGUCACAAUUGACGUUAAGAAUGCUUUCAACACUGCAUGUCACAGCCUGAUUAUCAAAGAGCUACAAAAAAGGAAUAUAUCGACAUAUCUAAUAAACCUUGUCUCUAACUAUUUAAGAAACAGAAAGCUGCAAUUAGAAAAGAAUAGGGAGAUGGAUAUUACGUCAGGUGUUCCCCAGGGUUCCGUCCUAGGCCCACUGCUAUGGAAUGUACUAUAUGACGGCGUGCUGAGCUUAGAACUAACUCGUAAUGCUGUAACAAUAGGAUUUGCUGACGAUCUGGCGCUGAUAGUCGGAGCAGAAAGCCAACAGACAUUGGUUACUAACACCAACAUGUGCCUGGAAAAAAUAAAUACCUGGAUGAGAGACAACAAGCUUUCUCUUGCCCCCCACAAAACUGAGGCAAUCCUACUAAAGGGUAAACAAAAGAGGGAGAAAAUAAGCUUCAGCCUAGACGGAGUCAAUAUAAAGCCAGCAAAGAACCUGAGAUACCUAGGUAUAACCAUUGACGAAAGUAGAAAUUUUGGCAAACAUGUAGAAACAGUAACAAAGAAAGCUACAGAAAGGGUUUCCAAACUUGCUCGGAUUAUGCCAAACGUAGGAGGUCCUAGGCAAAGCAAAAGAGCAGUGUUGUGUAGUGCUAUGCAAAAUAUUGUCCUAUAUGGAGCCCCAAUAUGGCAAAAAGCGCUUAUGAGAAAAAAGCACUUAACUACGGUCAAUAGAGCACAAAGAGACAUGCUGUUGCGAGUAGCCUCCGCCUUCCGAACUGUGUCUGGGGUAGCACUCCAAGUAAUUACGGCUACGGUGCCCAUUGAUCUCUUAGCCCAGGAAAGAACAUCCAAGUACAAAUCGCUACAGAAUAGCAACGAAGCUAGAGAAAGUUCCCUCAUAACAUGGCAAACUAGAUGGGAAGUUUCAAUAUCGGAUCCAUCUCUUACUUCAGAAUCCGAAUAUGUUCCUUCGUCCACCGUAUCAGAUAUGUCAACGUUUGAGUCCUCGCUGCUACAAGCAGCACCAGUUGAAACAAAAUAUGAACCACAGGAUGCAAACAAUAUAUUAGGAACUCUUGAGAUGAAUAUUUCAAAUAAUAUGAAAAUUGAUGUUUCAAGUGAUGAAAUCGCUGAUUUAUGCCAAGGCGUAGAAUGUAAGUAUGGCGGAAAAUGUGAAGCAGGUGAAUGUGUCUGUCCAACAGAUUGCGAAGACGCAGGAGAAGAACCAGUUUGUGCAUCGGAUAUGAUAACUUACCGCAAUGAAUGUGAACUCCAAAAAGUAAGGUGUUCCAGAGGACCUUUAGCAGUUAUUUUUUACGGUGAUUGCAGAGAAAGAUUCCCUUCUGCUGCCAACACUUUGAGUAGAAUGGAAGUAAAACCAUGCAAAGGAGAAAAACCACUUACGGAAUCUAUUACAGAAAGAGAAUUAGACUGCAGAAAUGGUCCAUUUAGACAAGACUGUCCUGCAGGAAGCUACUGCCAUCAAACAGCCAAAUUUGCUAAGUGCUGCCGAAAAAGUGAAGCUGUAGUGGAGAAAAAAGGUUUUGGGGAAAGUUGGUUUGGUUGCUGUCCAGAUGGAAAAACUACUGCACAAGGACCGAAUUUUGGAGGUUGUCCAUCUAUUUGUGACUGCAACAAACUAGGAUCGUAUUCAGAUACUUGCGACGGAGAAACACAGCAAUGCAGAUGUCGUCCUGGAGUUAGAGGUGGAAAAUGUGAUAGAUGCGAACCAGGAUUUUGGGGACUACCGAAGAUAUCUGCAGGCUACCGUGGAUGUAUACCAUGCGGCUGCUCCACUUUUGGUUCAGUGAGAGAUGACUGCGAACAAAUGACAGGUCGUUGUGUUUGUAAACCAAGUGUACAGGGUCAAAAAUGUACAAUAUGCACAAAUCACAAUAAAUAUUUAGGGCCGAAUGGAUGUGUAGCAGCAUCUGAAUUACCAUCGUCUUCUAACCCUUCUACAUGUGCCGAAAGAAGUUGUUACUUUGGUGCCACCUGUGUAGAAAAAGAUGGACUUUCAUUAUGUGAAUGUCAUUUAAAUUGCAGUAAUGUAAAAGAAACACAAAUUGUUUGCGGCAGUGAUGGCAAGACUUACGGUUCUAUUUGUGAUUUACGCCUAGCAGCUUGUCGCCUUCAAAAGGACAUGGUUCUAAAAGUAUUUGGAUCUUGUAAUGAGGAGAUACAAAGCACUGACUGGCCGUAUAGUGGGGUAAACUCCCAAAAAUUUACGCAAUCUGACGAAAUAAGUUCCCCUCUAUCGAAAUCGACACGUCAUCUACUUGUACCAGAUCCUCGCUACUACUAUGAAAGAAGUAGUAAUGUUCGGCCUGUUUCAUUUCCAGACACAGAUUUCAUUGGAAGCAAUCCUAGAUCCAAUAUUUUAUACCGUUAUCGGGGUAAUGAAUUUUCUCCUGCCUACCGUCCAACCCCUGCUACAGUUCGGGUGCUAACUGCCUUAUUGGGCGACCUAUGUUCAGACAAUACGGAUUGUAUUAUUUCAAAUAGUCACUGUGUCAAAGGUGCUUGUAUCUGCUUUCCCAGUUAUGUGCAAUCUACAGAUCGCCAAGAAUGUUUGGCUAAUUCUGAUAACCUGGAUGAAUUUAGAGCCUGUAGUAGCUUACCUUGUAACAAUAACGGUACCUGCAUCGAUUUACCAGCAUCAACUUACGCAUGCGUUUGUACAACUAACUUUACAGGUUUAUUGUGUGAAACCGAAAUUUCACAAAUUCAAUACGAAGUACCAGCAUUCUACGGUAAAUCCUAUGCAAGACUAAGACCUCUUAAAGCUUAUCAUAAACUCAGUAUAGAAGUAGAAUUUCAAUCCUAUACAGAGAAUGGUAUUUUACUCUACAACCAGCAAAAAGUAGAUGGCAUGGGAGACUUUGUCUCGCUAGCAAUUAUAAACAGUUAUCUAGAAUUUAAGUACAAUUUAGGGAAUGGUGCUGCAGUGAUAAGAUCAGUUGACAAAAUUCAGAUAGGGAACACUCACAGGGUAAUUAUAAAAAGAUACCAUAGAGACGGAUUAUUGAAACUCGACGAUUCCGAGGAAAUUACUGGUCAAUCAAGUGGUUCUCUUAAAGCAUUAGAUUUAUUGGAAGAUGCUUUCAUUAGAUACGUACCAACAAAUCACACAAGGGUUUACGAGAAUAUAGGUACGUCUAAAGGAUUUCAGGGUUGUAUUAAAAGGUUUAAAAUUGGUAGACAGGAUGUAGAAAUACAUAUAAGACAAGAAGACUGGAUUUUAGAAGUGAACGGGGUUUAUGAUUGCAGUAAACAUGCUUGUAAAAUGUUACCAUGCAAAAAUCAUGGAAAAUGUAUAAAAUUAGAUAGGUUGUUUAAAUGUGAAUGCCAAGCAUCUUAUAGUGGUGAAUUUUGUGAAAACUCAUGCUUAGAAGAGUUCAAGAGUCUUCAUGGGCUUACACAAGAAUUCAAUGGAAACAGUUUUAUCCAGCUUCCAAGACUAGGGGGUAUAAGAAAAAGAUUUUCUAUUGAAGUCACGUUUAUGACUACUGCCUCUAGUGGUCUCACUUACAUUGGCCAGAUGAAGAAUGGGAGAGGCGAUUUCAUUUCUUUAAAUAUUGCCCGUGGAUAUUUGCAGUUUAGAUUCAACUUGGGAAGUGGUAUAGCUAAUUUAACAAGUUCGACCAGUAUUUCAUUCAAUAAAUGGUAUAAAAUUAGAAUAUCUCGAGAAGGCCGUAAAGGUAUGUUGCAAAUAGAUAAUUCAACAGUGAUUCGUGGAUAUUCUGGUAUACCAUUAACAGAAUUGAAUUUAGAUACUCCCUUAUAUAUUGGUUCAUUACCUAAUUGGAAACAAAUACAUAGACUUUCUGGAGCUUCAAAAGGCUUCAAAGGUGUUAUUCAAAGAAUUACAUUCAAUGGACUUCCUUUGCCAAUUUCCAAACUUUUCCCAGAUUGCGUAACAGUAAUAUCUCAUAACAAUUCAAGCUGUAGUUCUAAUAUUGGAUUUUACGAUGGAGCGCCCUGUCCAAUGAUUGAAAAUCCAUGUUUCAAUAAUGGUAUUUGCAUACCCAAUAUGGAUAACUAUACCUGCCGUUGUACUGGAAAUUACAAAGGAAAAUAUUGUGAAACAAUUAAUGAUGAAACCUUGUCUUUGAAAUUCAACGGUGCUACUUAUCUUCAAUAUAGAAACAGAGGUUAUAAAAGCGAAAAUAUAACGAAUUUCACUGACAACAAUGAUAAACCCCACAACAAAACUGUGGAAGAUGAUGAUUUCGAUGAUGGCAACAAUUUAUUUGAUAAAGAAAACUAUUAUUAUGAUGCAGAAGACUUAGAAAUUCUAAGGAAACCAGAACGAGGUAACAGAUAUGAAAUAAAAAUACGCACAUUUAUGUCUGAUGGUUUAAUUUUAUGGAGAAGCAAAAAUAGAAAUCAGCUUCAAAAACUACAUAUCAAUUGCUGUAGUAGAUGGAUAUCCAGAGCUUACUUUCGAAUCUAUGUAUUAUGGUCCAGAACUAAGGUAGAUGAUGGCCAGUGGCAUUCAAUCCAAGUAAGAAGAAGAAAACGAAUGGGCUUCAUUUCUGUUGAUGGAUAUGAUAUAAAUAAAGGAGUAGCUAAAGCUGGAGCUAUAUCUCUGAGAACUAAUUCGAAACUAUGGUUGGGUGGCUCUUCAGUACUACCAGAUGGUCUUCCAACCUCAUAUUACAAAGGAUUUGAUGGCUGCAUCCAAAAAGUUCUAAUCCACGGCAAACCUCUAGACUUAUUAGCAGAUAAUGAUAUAAGUAAAUUUAAUUUUUGCCAUGGUAAUGAAAUAUAGAUAUAAUCUCAAACAUCUUUUUACAAAGUCUUUGUAUAACUAAAGAUUUCAAACUAUGAGACUGAUAUUUUACUAUUAUUUCUGAAAUAUUGACUUCAACUCACUGAAAAAGGUUGCGCAAAAGUAAAAUAUACAGAAAAGCUUUGAAAAUCAUCCCAGUACCAACAAUUAAAUGAGCCUUGAGUUUUUUUUUGUAUAUUUUACCAUAUAAAUGUAUACAAUCGAUUAUUUAUUAGAUAAAUUGAUAGAUCAAUAAUCAUUUCAUAAAAAGAAUCAAUGU